AUGUCAAAGAUGAGAGCGACGGGGAAAGAGAGAUCCAGGGGGAAGAGGCCUCGAGGAGCUUAUCACACACGUCCCCGCGACCCAGCAGUAGCACGGUGGAGAGGGCCACCAACGGUAGUCAGUCCAUGCGUAUUGUUUUUCCGGCACCUCCGUCAAAAACGCCACCUGUGCCCGUGCAGGCCAAGCUGCCGGCAGCCGCCGCCAGUCCUCGACCAUAUCGCAAGCCAACGACCGGCGUGCACGAGACGCCACAAAAAGACGGACGACAUGAAGAUCGCUUCACUAGAAACCGGCGACGCAAAGGAGAAUGCUUGCUCUACACCCAGCCUUGCCACCACCUCAACCGCUGCAGGGCCGGUGCUUCGUCCGCCAAGGAGAAUGGCUCCUCCGUCGCAGGACAUGCCGCAGACAGCUCGUGCCGUGCCGCAGCAGCUGGCUGUUAGCGCUUUGGCCAGCUGCUGCGGUGCUGACCCAGUCGAUCGGCCUGGUGGGCUCUACAAGACCGGCUACGCCCGCCGUGACACCGUCGUCGGGCACAUUAUGCUGCGUGAGUAUCCAAAGGUGAUCUCCGGCCAUCAAAAACAAAUCGUGCUGGCCGUGAAGGAUGAGGAGCGGUUGGCGUCGCGCCCCACAAUCGUGACUUUUUCUGUGCGUCCGACAUUGACGGCAUCGAUGACACAACCUAUGCACAGUGCCUCUCCAUCGGCCUCACCCACGGACAGGAAUUCCGCACCAGCACCUCUCCUGCCGAACCUCGGCUGGCCCUCUAUGGCGAACUCGGCACGCUUCGGCAUAGCUGCUGGCCAAACGCGGCUGUCCAGUACGAUCUCCUCACUGCACCGUACGCUGGCAUCUGCCGAUGCGCCCGAUUGGAGGGCAUUCGCCGCGGAGAGGAGAUCAAGUAUCUCUACAAGCACGCCGACUCUCUCGCCUUCCUACUGCUUUCUCGUGAAAGACGCCGCAACAUCCUCCAACGGAAAUACUUCCUGGACUGUGCCUGCUGUCGCUGCACUGAGACUCUGGAGAACACCGCGUCUACCACCGUCACCGGCUCUACCACUGCUGCCGCUGGGGCCGCCUCGAUACGCACCCUACAUGAAAAGGGAUGCGCGGCCAAUGAAGCCGUUGAAGAGCGCGACGAGGAUCAAGGCGCAGCUCGAAGCGGAGUUGACCUUGACCGGGGCCUUCUUCACAGACUCGGGCGUCGACCGUGAUGCUGCGAAGCAGAGGGACCUGAGGCAGGAAAUGCACGAAGACUUCGAGGCUCUCCACAUCAUGGAUGACACCGGCGUUGAGAUCAAUCGCGCCCUUGUCGGCAACGUCCCUCUCAUUCAUCGAAGGAAACAGUGCAACCGGCUUCUCGGAUUUUUGCGCAAGUACAGCAGCUCAGAGUCGGUUCUGCGCCUUCAUGAUCACCACUGGCGGCUGAACCUCGCGCGUGCGGCCUGCGUGCACGAAACGGUGCGACUGUGCGCCGUGAAGGGCGCCAUGCCACAUGCUCGGCAACUGGACCCGUGCAGCAAGACACUCUUCGUCCCCACCAAGACGGUCUACGACAUCUCUCUGAAGCAGCUCGCCGCGGAGGCACUCUUUAUCCCUCCUGGGCACCCCCACAGCCUCACCACGUACGAGUCCUACCUCUACCUACUCGCGAUUCUGCCCCGGCGAUCGCCCAGACGGCGGCGGAUUCCGCGCAGAGCGAGUCAGACAUGA